GUCAUAAGAAAAAGACGAGUGCUCCCUUCAGGAAACAUCAAAGGGAGCAAAAACGAAGAAAAAAAAAUAAUCUCUCUGAAUCGCUUCUGCUUUGGUACGUUCUCUUCUCUCCUUGGAUGUCUUCAAUCUAGGUUUCGAGUUUUGGGAUUCAAUUGUUCCUUCCAGAGAGCUCCAAUUUCGGAUCCUCUCAGUUUCUUCUUCUUAGUCCCCUGAUCUGAUUAUUGAAUCCCAGAAUUAUCUUCCGACGAGCUCAGCUUUUCUCCGAUCUCUAAUUUCUCUCCGUCUUCUUAUUCUGUGUGAUCCCUUAAUCAACAGCCGAGGACCUUAAGCUUGUUUCGAUUGAUCUAAUCCUCUGAGCUCUCUCAGCCGCGGGGAUCAUUGUCCCUUCGCAAUGGUGGUCUGCAAAUGCAGAAAGGCUACGAAGCUGUAUUGCUUUGUUCACAAGGUCCCUGUUUGCGGGGAAUGCAUUUGCUUCCCGGAGCAUCAAACUUGUGUGGUCCGGACUUAUUCAGAAUGGGUGAUAGAUGGAGAGUAUGAUCAGCCAAAGUGUUGUCAAUGCCAAGCAACAUUUGAUGAGGGGGCAGGUCAUCAAGUCACUCGGUUGGGUUGCUUGCAUGCUUUACAUACAAAUUGCUUGGUUUCGCAUAUCAAGAGUUUUCCUGCUCAUACUGCACCUGCUGGUUAUGUGUGUCCAUCAUGUAACACGCCUAUAUGGCCUCCCAAGAUGGUAAAAGAUGCAGGAUCUCGGCUUCAUGCACUGUUAAGGGAAGUGAUUACGCAGACUGGUCUUGAGAAAAAUUUACUUGGGAACCAUCCGGUUUCUCGAUCCACUGAAUCUCGUAGCCCACCCCCUGCAUUUGCUUCAGAUGCAUUAAUUAAUUUAUCAUCAUCUUCUCAUACACAAGAAGGAAAAAACCUGCCUGAUAGUUAUUCAGUAGCCGGAAAUGGAGAAUAUUCCAAACCUGCGGUUUCAGAGAUAGUUGAGAUAGAUGUUCCUGCUUCAGCUGGGAAUUACAUGAAAAGCUCAAGCCCUGGACUUGCUGCUGCUGCUGCACGGAAAGGAGUACCCGCUGUGGACAGGCAGAACUCCGAGACUCUAUAUUAUGCGGACGAUGAAGACGGAAAUCGUAAAAAGUACUCAAGAAGAGGUCCUCUUCGUCACAAGUUUCUACGGGCUUUACUACCUUUCUGGUCUAGUGCAUUACCAACUCUGCCCGUGACAGCACCACCUCGUAAGGAUGCAACGAAGGCAGAUGAUGGUUCUGAAGGUCGUGUAAGGCAUCAACGAUCAUCAAGAAUGGAUAUAAGGAAAAUACUAAUUCUCAUAGCUCUCAUAGCCUGUAUGGCAACAAUGGGGAUUUUAUACUACAGACUUGCGCUACAGGCAAUUGGUCAAGAAAUACCCGAUGAGGAGCAGCGAUGAGGUAAAAUCCUAUCAGACAGGGGAAUAAGGCUGGCUCAACAUAUAUCAUAUACAUUGCUGGCUUAACCAAAUCAAUUUGCCCCUGGUGUAGAUCCUUUUGGACGACUAGAAAAUGUUUUUUCAUGAGUUGAUUCUGAGAAUUGUGGCCUGCGGUUUAUUUGGUAGAACGUUACAAAUCAUGUUCCUUGUGUCAGUAUCCUUGGUUUGUUGCUGGUCGAAAGUAUCUAUUUCAGAUCGACAUGUUUUAGUUGUAGCUAUUGUUUUUUGGUAGACGAAAACACAUUUUAUGGACGCUUCAAUGUUCAAGAUUUCAUGGCCUAUUA